ACGUUGCCCUCACUUCCACGUGACCAUUCUCAUCUAACGCCUCAUACCAAAUUCAAACACGGUUCAAACGACGCCGUCUCAUACACAACCAUAAAACGCCGUCGUUUCACUACUUAAAGUAACUAAAAACCCUUCAUCAUUAAUUAAAACAAAAAACCCACUCAACAAAUUUUAGCUACAAUUCGUUCACCUCUUUUUAGAGUCCUUCUUAAAGGUUCUCUUCCCUUAAAUUAUUUCCUUCAUUCUUUUUUUCCUUUCUUUCUCUUUUGUGUUUUUUAUUUCAAUUUCAAUUUUUUUGAACAAAAAAACAAAACAAAGCACCAUCAAAUUCAAAACAACUGCGUAACGUAACUAACAUCAAUCAAAAAAACAAAACAAAAACAUCAUCGUUGUGAACAUUAUUAUUUUCUCCGAAUUCACAACACAAAGAAGAAACAAAAAAAAUGGAAACUAUGUGUUUAAAAACUGGGAUAGUUCCUUCGAUCUCCAUUGGUGGAUCAUUAGAAACACGCGCCACCCCAACUACGGUAAGUGCGGUGGCUCGUUCUACCGGAGAUAAACAACCGUCCUCACAAAAGUCUUUAUUUUCUAGAUUCUCUUUUAGAUACCCAUUGGAAUCUCUAUGGUCACGAGGUGGUUCUGGGAAUAGAACGUUCAGUGGUUUGUCUCUUGACGACGCCGUUUUGGCUGAUAACAACGGAGAAAUGAAAUCUGUUGAUGGUGAUGAUCGGCAGAGAGAGAAUUGGGUUUUGAAGAUUUUGCAUGUUAAGUCUGUGUGGAAAGGUGAACGAGGGAAUCAAAGAGAUGAAGAAGAAACUAGCAACGAUCAAAACAAUGAUGAUGAUGAUGAAGUUUGUGAUACUUGUAUUGUUGAUGAUGACGAAAAAGAAGAUGAAUUUGAAAUUGAUAGAGAUUCGUUUUCAAAAAUGUUGAGGAGGGUCUCUUUAGGUGAAGCUAGAUUGUAUGCACAAAUGUCACACUUGGGAAGUUUGGCUUAUUCUAUACCCAAUAUCAAGCCAGGGAAACUGUUAAAACAUUACGGUCUGCGUUUUGUAACGUCCUCGCUAGAGAAAAAGGAACUAGCAGCAAAAUCUGAGAAAAAUUCUCAGGAAGUUGAAGUUAAAGAGAAAUCUGAGAAAGAUCAUCAGGAAGUUGAAGUUAAAGAGAAGCAAGUAGAAACAAAAGAGCCAAAUAACGGUGGAUAUAGGAUAAGUGCGGCGACUGCUUAUAAUAUUGCUGCCUCUGCUGCAUCUUAUCUGCACACUCAGACAAGGAGCAUACUUCCAUUCAAAUCUUCAAAUGCGGCAGCUGGUGAAGAAAACAAUGAAAGCCUUAACAUGAUGAACACAGAGGUGGCAUCUUUGAUGGCAACUACUGAUUCAGUGACAGCAGUGGUUGCAGCAAAGGAGGAAGUAAAGCAGGCUGUUGCAGAUGAUCUUAACUCAACUCGUUCAUCACCUUGCGAAUGGUUCAUCUGCGAUGAUAACCAGAGUGGUACAAGAUUUUUUGUUAUUCAGGGUUCGGAGUCAUUAGCAUCUUGGCAAGCAAACCUACUUUUUGAACCGGUUAAAUUCGAGGGUUUGGAUGUACUUGUUCACAGAGGUAUAUAUGAGGCUGCUAAAGGGAUAUAUCUACAGAUGUUGCCGGAAGUUCAAGCACACCUAAAAUCUCGAGGUUCUCGUGCAACUUUUCGCUUCACUGGACAUUCUCUUGGUGGAAGUUUGGCAUUACUUGUAAAUCUCAUGCUCUUCAUAAGAGAAGAUGUACCUAUCUCCUCUCUACUUCCUGUGAUAACAUUUGGUUCCCCCUCCAUCAUGUGUGGAGGUGACACUCUACUAGACAAGCUCGGUCUUCCGCGUAGUCAUGUUCAGGCAAUUAUGAUGCAUAGAGACAUAGUACCGCGAGCGUUUUCUUGCAAUUACCCUGACCAUGUUGCGAAAAUCUUGAAGGCUAUCAAUGCCAACUUCCGAAAUCACCCAUGUCUCAAUAACCAAAAGCUACUAUACACACCAAUGGGUGAACUAUUAAUUCUACAACCUGAUGAGAAAUUUUCACCAAGCCAUGAUCUUCUACCACAAGGAAGUGGUCUAUAUCUUUUGUGUUGUCCUUUGUCAGAACCUAAUGACAUAGACAAGAAGCUCCGAGCCGCACAGUUGAUGUUCUUGAACACACCUCAUCCACUCGAAAUAUUAAGCGACAGAUCCGCAUAUGGAUCUGGAGGAAACAUACAAAGAGAUCAUGACAUGAGCUCUUACUUAAAGACAGUAAGAAGCGUGAUUCGCCAAGAACUUAACCAAAUCCGAAAAUCAAUGCGCGAGAAAAGGCGCAAAGUAUGGUGGCCUCUUGUAUUACCAAGAAGAGUUGAUACUAACAUUGUUGUUGGCAAGUCUGUAAUAGCAGUCAAUAUCGGCCAACGCCAGUCGCCGUUCACCGGCAUGAUGAAGACAGGCAAAGAGUCUUUGAAAAGGUUUAGUAGACUAGUUGCAUCUCAACAUAUGCAUUUGUUUGUGUUACUUUUUUUUCCUGCUAGGAUGUUACUCUUGGGUGCUUAUAGCUUAAUUAGCGUUAGAUGAAUAUGAUAUAAAAUGAUUCAUUAUUGUUAAUUAUGAAAGAAGGGUAGGGAGUGGAAAGGUGUUUAAAACAAGGGCACAUGGUUAGUUGAAUGUUAGGUGAUUCUUUAUUCAUUUGUACCAAAAUUAAAAAUGUAUUGUGUUUUCUCAUGAAUGUUGUUUGUAGAGGAA